AUGAAGGAAGCGGCGAUCACUUCCUUGAUUCAAUGGGCCAAAAAUGAAGGCGCAGUUAUGGACCUUGUGGAAGUAAAAUAUUGUGGAGAAGAUCGAGGAUGUGGGGUGUUCGCAAAGAAGACGAUACGACUUAAUGAAACCUUCCUCAGAGUAGGCUUUGAUUUCAAAAAUAUGGAUUUUAUCCAAAAUCUAAGUAGUUUAGAUACCUAUUUCUAGAUCCCAAAACAUUUGAUGAUAACAGCGGGAAUGGUUGCAGACAUGCCCGAAUAUAAGAAUAUUCUUGAACGGUAAGGCCUGUAAAAUCGUUCGCAUGAUUUUGGAAUGCCGUAUUUUACUAUUUCCCAUCAAAAUUUUCAAUAUUUUCCAUGGUCAUCAUCCCAAAAUUAAAAAUUUUAGCCAUCGUGUCGAAGCCUUCUCAAUUCUUGUCAUGUUCUUUUACUUGGAAAGUCAGAGGAAGGAGGAUGCCUUCUUCCACCCAUAUUUUGCCUCCUUGCCCAAGACAUUCGACACUCCGUUGGCGCAGAAUUACGUUGACUUGGAGAAGAAGUUCACCAUGGAAGAGCUGCCAAAGCGAGCCAUGGAGUUGUUGAUGAAACAAAAAAAUGAAUUUAUAUAUCUCAGAGAGCAGGUGAGGAGUGAUGUUUGGUGUUUUAAAAGAGUUGAUUUUUUUGCAAAUUGUCAAUAUUGAUGUUGUUUCAAUUAUUUCAAAAUUGUUGAAAAGGCUGACAUAUUUAUGACAAACGGUUCUUAAUGUCGUUUCUGAGUAAUUGCGGCUUUAUGGAAACUCGACAGAGUGAAAUUGGACAGAGUGAAACUCGACGGAAGGAAAUUGGACAGAGGGAAACUUGACAGAUUUUUUUCACUGCAAAGAAUAAUUAUUUGAUAAGUAAAGAUUCAGUGGUGACAUUUCGUACGAUUGCAAUGAAAAAAAUCUGUCGAGUUUCCUUCUCUCGAGUUUCCCCCUGUCCAAUCUCUCCAUACUCUGCCCAAUUUCCUUCUGUCUAGUUUACUCUGUCCAAUUUCAUUCUGUCGAGUUUCCAUAAACCCCUAAUUGCCACUGUUUCGACCGUUUUUCGUCAUUUGACGAAAUGUCAAUAUUGAUUUUUUCGAGAUUUUCCAAAAAUCGAUAUUGACAUUGCGCCCUCAUAUUCAAAACAUCACAAAAAUGACUUUUUCAGCUCAGCAGAGUCCUAGACACCCGCCACAUUGACAUUCCUCAUCUCAAUUGGGCCUGGCAUGUUGUAAAUACUAGAUGUGUAUACCUCGAAAACCCCGAGCAUCCGUUGGUGGAAAAUUCCAAACUCACGGACACGCUGGCCAUCAUUCCCGUCAUGGAUAUGCUCAACCACAGUCCCAAUGCUCAAGCCUUGGCUUUCUUCGACAAACACUCAAAUACGUAUUGCGUUAACGCCGAAUAUAGAUGUGUAAAUGAAGGUGAUGAGAUCUUCGUAUGUUAUGGUCCGCAUGACAAUCUUCGGUUAUGGGUCGAAUAUGGGUUCAGCAUACCUCACAACAUCUUCAAUCGAGUGGAUAUUCCGAAUAGUAAGGGUUUUGGGAAGUUUUUAUAUUAUCCAUGACACUUGAUUGGAUAUGUAAAUUACAUAAAGGGUGAUUGUCAGGUAUGUCUCAAAUUUGGUAGAGGUUGUCUGAAAAGGAUUUAUUUUCUUUUCUGAAAAUUUUAGACAUCGCUUUGCAGAAACAACCAAGAUUUUGGGGACUUUUUCCAAAAGCGAUCUUUGAUGACUUAAAAGUGGUAUAUCUUGACCAUUUCAGCAAAACGCGAUCUGACGCUUUUCCUGACAUACUUUCAUAGCAUAUUAUUUGACUCUGUUAAAUUUCAUUAAAAUCUGUUCACCAGUUUUUGCGAUAUUAUAUUAUCCAUGACACCAAGCUCCAUUUUUCAGAUGUCCUUUUCGCAUUAGCAGCAGCGAUUGGAUUGGAUGUGAGCGAGGAGAAAAAGAGGAUAAUCGAUGAAUUAGCGAUUCCAAAGUUGGUUUUUUGUUUUCUUUCGGGAUUUAUGUUGCUUUAGCACCAUGUACCUGAGUGAUGUAAAACCAAGUUUUGGCCUGCAGAAGAAUGUAUCAAUACUUUUGAUGAGCAAAAUGGAAUUGUAAGUGACAUUAUGUAGCUAUUUAGAGCUUAUGUUCUAAAAUUUAUGAGCAUAAAAUUUGAAAAAAAUGUCAAAAAAUGAUGAUUUGUUGGGAUUUCCCUGAUUUUUGAUGGUUUUUUGUGUAUAAAACACUUAAUAAAUCCCGAAAAAGGCUUUAAAACGACAAAAAUCAAAUAUACUGUUCGUAUUUUCCCAAACACAGCUUAAUUUCUCCGAAAAAAUUCCAGGAAAGACGUCAAAAAUAGGAUCUAUGGCGCUGACGCGACUAACGCUACUCUAGAAGUUGUGUAUCGAAUCAUAGAACAUCUAAAGGGGUUGCUGGAAAAGCGAGUCAGGACGGCUCUGCCAACCUUCAAACAUUUUUGGAGCGAACAAGUCGAGUUAUUGCAGAACAUUAUCAAUCAACAGAGCGACGAUGGAGAUUCGGAUUAA